AUGAAGCUCCCAAUCCUCGUCAUCGCCCUAAUUUCGGAGACUUUGGCUUACGAAACAAUUGGCCCCCGCAUAGCAGAGUUCCUCUUCGAUUGCCCUGAGCUGGGCAAAUACAUGCCUGAGGGUGUAAAGCAUGCCGAGGUUUUUGGAUUCGAGCACUUCUCAGAACCGCAUCUUACGAAUUACACAUUUAACCUUGAAAGAAAACAAUGGAAUGCAUCUGAGUGGAGUUUUCUUUUAAAAUUCGACUGAUUUCCUAAUUUUGAGCUGAAUUGUAUACCAAAAAGACAAUUUUUUGUGGUUUCAGGCCUGUUCGUUUGUAUCCAGAUACCGGCCUUUCGAAAAGUUACUGGGCAUUCUUCUCCGAAAACUUUGACCGGAUUGCAGUUACGUACUUUGGCCGCGGUGGGUAAGUAUGAACCAAAAGUUAUUUUUUACUCCAAGUGCGACGCUCACACUUCGGUGAAAUUUGUCAAAAAUUAAGUUUUUUUGAAGGCACAGUAAUCUUUUCAGCACAAUUUUUUACUAUUGGUUUGACGCGCCCGAGCAAAGCUUUGAGAUGGCUGGAAAUAACAAAAUGUUCCAGCCGGUCUUUAUGAUCGGAGACGCGGUGUAUUAUUGGAGAGAUGACGAAGAAACCCUUGUUAAGAAUUGGUUUUUACGAAGUCGGGGCAAGCCCCGCGAAUACGAACAGAUUUAUGAACGAGCAUGGUACACCCCCUACUACAGUCAAGGAAACAUCUACCAGCGCGAUGUGGAUAUUAUGUAUUAUUUGCCUCCCAAAGGGGAAUGUAUGCAGCUUUUUCAAAUUUUGACAGAGGUAAGGAAAUGAAAGCCAUCGAAAGAGAUCCCUAGUUGAAAGAGACCCCGAGUUGAAAGGGACCCCGAAGGGUACUGGAUGGCGUAGAUUCCAAAAAUCAUAUUCGUUUUUUCUGAUUCGGAAAAAGUUUCUUAUUUUGGCCACAACAAAGGUACUCCGCGAACUGCGCCCAAGCUUGGGCACUAAAGUUAGGAAAAAAACGCUUCGACCUAGCUGGCACUGAAUUACUAUAAUAGCUCUAUAGUUUUAAGGGUACCUACGAAGGCCAUGACGACUCAUUUAGUUCUAUUAGCAUUUUCACAAAGUGCCUGGACUUUUGUCGCUGCGCGCACUGUGCACAAACGCCCGCGAUUUUUUGCACCGUGCAUUGGCCUUUCUUUGGUUUUGCACUGUGCAUUUGAAAUAUCGCUGCGACGUAAGCUUUUCUCAACUGCGCCGCGGCGAUUUUGAUCAAAAAUGUGCACAGUGCAAUCGGCUUUUUCGAGGUUUGCACGGUGCGCGAAGACAAAAAUCCACAGUGCGUUGGCGACAAAAGUUCAAGAUGCACUGUGCGAAAGCGAAAACAAGUCCAGGCACUUUAUGAAAAUGCUAAUAUACGGAGGCAAUAAGUUGAGUUCCGGACAUGUUUCAUCGUAUAAAGUGUAAAAUCACAGGCUGCAGCCGUUUUUGAAGGGUAAGGUGGUACGUAAAAAAGAAGAUACCUCACUAACUAAAUCCACUGUCCGGGCAUUGACAGCGAUGAAUUCAGCCUGCACGCUCAAUUUGGGCUAAUUCUGACCAGUUUCCGCAAAGUUAUAAGUUGUGGCCAGAAUAAGGAACUUUUACCCUGCCGUUAUUUUCCCGACAGACUGAAAAUGCACGGUGCGAUAAAAAAAUUUUGAGGAUAUCAGUCUGUCGGGAAAAUAAUAGCGGAUCGUCGCGCCUCGGAAUCGCCCGUCAUCGCUUUGCGACUGCAAGCCGCGGGGUUUUCGGGGGUGCUGAUUUCGAAAAUCAUGUUAGCUUCCAUCUUUAUAGUACUAUCUGGUACUAUACAGUACGAGGUGAAAAUAUGGCUUUUGGCGUUAAUGGUGUUGUUUUGAUGCUUAGUACUCCCACGUUUUAAAUAACUGGUACUGUUUAGUACUUUUACAUACAUCCUGUAUGUAAAAAAAGACUUUCUUUUAUUAUUCUAGGGAGCGCACGACCAGCCAUGCAACAAAUCAAUUGGAGUUUUUGCCAGAGCCAAACCAGGCGUUAUUUAUCCGCUUGUAAGUUGUUUCGCUUUUUUUGGGAAUUCUAACCAUGUUUUAGUCUAUAUUCGUUUGGCUUGGAAGAAACUGCGACCCGACACUUUAUGGAGACAUCAAAUACUAUCGUUAUGCGUAUGUCCGUUUUGACGGCCAACCGCCUACGGUAGGUGGAAAUUAUUUUUAUUUUCCAUGCACGGUGCAAAGCAAAGUUUGAUCUAAGCCGCACAGUGCAAACUGUUUUUUUGUUGAUUGCACCGUGCAGGCUGAAAAAAAAAAUACAAUUAAAAAGUUUUGCUGUAAUUGUAAGUUUUAUUUAGACCACCACAACCACCACUACCACUACUACCACUACCACGGUAUAUUUUUCUUGCCAAUUUUUUGCUUACUCUGCGAUACAGUAUUUUUUUGACUGCAUAGGGCAGUGAAAAAAAAUUAUGAUUAAAAAUUUUAUUUUCAGACCACCACAACAACCACAACAACAACGACUACCACCACCACCACGACUACCACUUCAACGUCUACUACAGUACCUUCCACGGUAAGUCUAUGGCUGGGCUGAAGCAAACGAGAACAAAUUUUUGAUUUUUAAAAUUUUCGCAGAACGCACAGUAGCUUGAAAAUUGUUUUCCACCGUGCAGAAAAGACUUUAUUUUUUGAUCAAAUUGUCCUCAAAAAAAUAUUUCUUUUUCCACUGAAUGAAAAAUCUUGCACAUUACAACUUUUACGACGCAUUUGUCAUUUGUGUGCGCAUUUUCGGCGGGAAUUAUUUGUUUUUGUUGCACCGUGUGAACUUGCUUUCCAUUUUUUGCACAGUGCAAUUUUUAUUUUUAGACAACCACAACAACAACGAGUACUAUCACCACUACUACCACCACCACCACGUCUAAUACAGUACCCACCACGGUAAGUUUAUGGGCAUACCGAAGAAAGUGACAAGAAGCUCUUGAUCGUUGGAAAAGUUUUUCCCGGUUCUGCGAUGGGCAGAAUGCACAGUGAACAAAAGGUGUGCACUGUGCGAUCGAGAUUUUUCCGCACAGUGCAGCUUCUGUGAACCUUUGGGUUGUGACCCCGCUCGAUUGUGACACAGAAAUUUUCAGGCUACAGCAACAACCACCACCACAACUACUCCAACAACGACAUUGACCAAGUCUACCACUCCAACGUCCACUAAAGUACCACCUACUCUAUCGCCAACAACAAUUGAACCAAAUGCUAAGACAAGUACAAGUAAUAUAUCUUACGUCACCACAGAGUUGCCUGCACAGUAAGUUAUUCUAGAGCCGGCCGACUAUUUUAAAGCCCUUCCAAACGUAAUAUGAUCGUCUAUUUUUAGCUUCGAAGAGUUGGUGGGGUCAUCGAACAAGACAACUAUCUACAUCACUGUUGGCUCGAUCCUCGGCUUGCUCGCCCUUCUCUUCCUUAGUUCCAUUGUAAUUGCGGUGGUCUACAGAAGAAGAAAGGACAAGGUAAAGAACUUGUUUAGGCCCCAUAAACGCACCGGGUUUUUAGAAAGAAAAGGCAAAAGAUAGAAAGUUGAAGGCCUCUAAUAAAAGCCGUCGUAGGUCGACGAGAAAAUCGACGAAGACGAGUGGUACUGAUGUGGAGACAAAGACGGAUACUCGCUCUUCAAUGGGAAAUAAGAAGUCGUCCAAGGUAAGGGAGGAAAUUAAAAAAAAUUGUGACUGCACUGUGCAAUGGGCAAUCAAUUGUUGUACAGUGAGAGAUUUUCUGCAUUGUUGAAAAAAUCAACAAAUUUUUUUUUUCAGAAAGCCAAGAAAGGAAAGAGCGGAACCAAGUCUCUUGAUCGUUCUGUUCCGACCCACAAAACCUCAUCUAUUAGAUUCAAGAAAACGGAAAGCCGAGAUUAUCAGUAG